AUGAAUUGGGUUCCGAGAAGCAACGAAUCCAGCGGGAACCCGGCCGUGCUCUGCCACCUGAACCUGAGCGCCUUCUCGAGGCCCGGCAACUACCGGUACACUGUGCACGACGUGCCGGUCGACGUGUGCACCCACGUGGUGUUCCCGCUGCACGCCCUGGACGACUGGUUCGACGACAUGCUCAACUACGACGCCUACCAGCGGGCUCAGCACCCGACCCUGUACGGCAGCAUGGAGUACCUCAAGAAGAGGAAGGCCAUGCAGGUGCUGGUGUACGUUGACGCGGAAGACGACGGCCACGGGCGGCGCCACCUGCUCGACUGGAUCGCGAGCGACAUUAGCAACGACCGCCUCUCCAUGGUGUUCGCGCGGAACCUGGUCAAGUGGCUGCUCUCGAACCAGCUGCACGGCCUCGUGGUCGAGGGCAUGUUUCCCGUGCCCGAGCCUGACCGCGCAGUCAUGAUACGGCUGCUGAAGAAGAUGCACACGCUCUUCAAGCAGGCCAAUCUGAUUCUCGUGGCUGUGAUGGAGGAGAAUUCCGAACUGACGCAUCGAAAGGCGUUCGGCCAGCGGCUGAAGCCGUUCGUCGACUUCCUCGUCAUCCGGAACCGGAAGGAGCACGCGGCCCUCUUUAGCCAGGUCUUGGAGGGACUUCCAGACUCGCCGGCCACCGCCGACGUCCCUCCGCAGGCCAGCGUGUCGCUGAAGGCGGUCCGCCAGGCGAUCCUUUCCGGUCUGCCCUCUCGACAGUUGCUCGUCUCUCUCGAGAUGAACACGGCUACGCUGCGCGUCGAGGCGAACAAGACGCUGCCCGGACACGAAGGACCGCUGACUGGCACGCCCGGACUCCUGGCAUACUUCGAGGUGUGCACUCUAUUCAAGGACAACACCUGGACAAACGCGAACCUGACCGAACUGGGCAAUCCGGUGGCCCUGAAGGAGGACGAAGCCGUGAGCUAUGAGAGCGCGGACAGUGUGCGCCAAAAAGCGGCCUUCGUGCGCAACUACACUCUAGGGGGCAUCAUGCUGUGGGACGUCACGAGCGACGACUACAGAGCAGUAUGUGGCGAGGCGAACCCGCUCAGCACAGCCGUUGGCGCCGUGAUUGCCGGCGCUUAGUAUUGCGUUCCUCGGCAACAGGAGGCAACCACACACGCAGGGGGCCACUGGUUCGAGGCUCCAAGCUGUCACGUGCCCCGGACAGACAGCCGCAGCUCUGACUCUUUUCAUACGCUGUGCCACUGGCGCCACUGACGCGACGCAAGAUGAUCAAGCCCACACACACAUAGCUGAUGCGAGCACAAGCGAUCAUACGUGGCGACUUGAGCGAACCGUAAACCGGGAAGAUGACUGCAUUUUUUUUUCUCGCUUUGCCUGAGUGCGCAAUGCUAGUCCACCUUCAGUGUUGCCUCGAAAGCCUUAGCGGUUUUCUGAAAGUUUGUUGCCCGAGCCGUAUCAUUGAGAGUGCUCUGGUUCUCUAGCGACCGUGUAACUCGCAGAUAGAGCACACGCAUUUUUCGUUAGUGUCUCUUCCGCUUGUUGCGAAUCAUUUUGUCAUCGAUUUGGCUAUAGAGGACAGCGCUCACCUGCAAAGCUGUCGAAUAAAGCACCUGCUCCUGCGAAACACAACCUCGCUUGUUAAGUCGUCACAUGUCUUGAGAUUGAGCGCCGACCGGGUACUCUAAUCCACUGAUACAGCUUCGUCAGUUGCCACCUGUAGGUCCAUCUUUUCAGUAAUCUCCAUCUAUCUUAACGUACGCUCACUAAUUACAUUCAGUGCGGAGAAA